CGGGUCCCCCCAACUUCCCGUGUGGCUACCUCUAUUCUGUCGACUGGUGCAGAAGUUUUUUUUUUGAAGGAAUCCUAAAAUGAAGAAUCCAGCUAUUCAAUUUUCCCUUUUACUGGUUCUAGGAGUAGCUGUUCAGAAUACAGAAUCCCAAUACCGCCAGCAUCAGCCAUCGUACCCGCAAAACUACCAGAAUCAUAAUUACAAUGCUCACCAGCAACACUACCAUCAGCAGCAGCAACAGCAGCAACAUGCUCACCAACAAAAACAGGCGUCUCAGCAGCAGCAGCAACAACAGUACCCCUACAAUAAUUAUCCUAGUCCAAAUGCGAUAAAAGCCUAUCAGGCGGCGUAUCCGUCGGUUCCACACGCUUCUGUGUUCAAUCAGCCGACGCAUCAGAUUUGUGACAUUCCACCAGACUUGUGGUGUGACAGCCCGCAGUCUGCCCAACAGUGUGGGGUCCAACGGCAAUGCGAUGGUCUCCGUCACCGGCGGCAGCCGAUCAAGAUCACCUUGAUCUAUGAGGCCUUGUGCCCAUAUUGUCAAAAAUUCAUCGCAAAUCAGUUGGGCAGUGUGUUCAAUCAGUUCCAGGGCCAGUUGAUUCUUGAGCUAGUGCCAUGGGGAAACUCUAGGAUAAUGCGGGACGGCUCAUUCUCGUGCAAUCACGGACAAAAAGAGUGCGACGCGAAUCGCCUUCAAUCUUGUGUCAUUGAUAUUUUGAAGGUCAAAGGAGCGUUGCCCUUCAUCGUCUGUUUCGAACGUAACAUUCAACACUAUGGAGUCGAACACGCGAUGCAGACGUGCUCCGCGUUCAUUCGGAGCCAAUAUCGACAGAUUAGACAAUGCUACGAUGGUCCACGUGGCGUUCAACUCCAGCGCGAAGCUGCUCAAAAGACGAUGAGCACCCGACCGAAUCCGAUCCUCGAAGUUCCAUAUCUCCUCAUCAACGACUACACACCAUCGGUCGAUAUGAACAAUCUGAAUGUGAUGCUGCUGCCUCAGUUGUUAGCGAAAUGGACUAAAUUAACGCAUAAACAAUAAAUCGAUUAAAGGCGGGG